AUGGCUCAACGCAAAAACCCUGCGGCUAGUGGUGGUGCCACUUCAAAGACGGAGCAAGAUAAUUUUGAGGUAGAAGAGAUCGAGCAAUCCACAAAUCUCGUGUAUGAUGAUGUUGAAGAAGUACCAGAACUGCAUAUGCGGACCUGGAUAGCCCUAGCUUCCAUGUUCUUGCUCAAUCUCGUACAACUAAUCGCCCUGCAGGGACCGCCCGCAGUGCUUGACUACAUCGGAACGUCCUUUGACGCUGGCCCAACUCAAACCUGGAUUCCCACCGCCCUCAGCGUUGUGCAAGCAGUGCUAGGCCCCAUUAUAUCGUCCGCCUCUGAUACUUUCCAAGUGCGGAAGAGCCUAUUGGUCGGCACAUGUACCAUAUCCUUCAUAGGCUCCGCCAUUGCACCUGGGUCCACCAACGUCUAUCGGCUUAUUGCGGCUCAGGCCCUGAUAGGUGUGGGUUUUGCCGCCGUACCUCUUUCUUAUUGUGUACCGAGUGAAAUUCUCCCCCGAAGAUGGAGGCCAGCUACACAAGCUGCUAUGAAUGUUGCCGCCUGCAUUGGAGCUGUACUUGGACCAGCUGUCAUUGGAGCUUUCACGGCCAAGGAUCGCUUAGAUGGGUGGAGAAACUUCUACUGGUUCCAGAUGGGUGUUUGGGGAAUCACUGCUCUCGGUAUUCUUGCUGGGUACCGACCACCCCCAAGGCAUACAGCUUUGGAUCAUCUCUCGUUCUCGCAGAAGCUUGCUCGUCUCGAUAUUCCUGGGACGGGCCUCUUUUGUAGCGGCCUAACACUUUUCUUGGCUGGUCUCUGUCAAGGCGGCGGGAUCUAUUCGUGGACCAAUGCCAGAGUUUUGGCGCCUCUCAUAGUUGGAGGUGUUCUUCUCGCGUGCUUUGGAUUGUAUGAGACGUUUGGUACGAGGACCGGCAUUUUCCAUCACGACCUGUUUGUCGGACCACAGACCAAUGGCCGAAUUGUUGCACUCUGCAUUUUAUUGAUGGGUGUGGAGGCCAUCUUAGGAUUCUCAUACAUCCUCAUUUAUCCCGCGCUUACAACGGCGCUCUUCACCACGGAUAUCAUGUGCGUUAUUGCUCGCUUAGAGGGUUUCUGGAUUGCAUGUGCAUUCGGUAGCGUCGUGUUCGGCUACGGUAGCACGCGUUUUCGGACGAUUCGUGAGCUAUUGGUGGUAGGAUUCUUCAUCAUCAUGGGAGGUGUGAUUGGUUUCGCCACUAUUCAACCAGGCCAGCCCGCCAACGCUGUUGCGUUUGCCUGCAUGACAGGUUUCGGUUUCGGCGCUAUUCUCAUCCUCAUCGUCGCAGCGGUGCAACUUAGCACGCCUCAUCACCUGAUCGCGACGGCAACAGCGGUAUUGACUUCGACUCGUGCUUUCUCUGCAACGGUUUUUACAGCCAUCUAUGCAACGGCAGUUCGAAGCCAACUAGAGAAGAAGCUCGCUCCCUCUGUGGCAGCGGCUGCAAUUUCUGCAGGUCUACCGGCGCGGUCGCUUGAAUCAUUCCUUCAAGCACUUCUUGCCAAUGACUCAGCAGCGCUGUCACAGGUGCCGGGCGUUACAACAGCAGUCACAGCCACCAGCCUCAUUGCAAGGAAUCAAGCCUUUGCGGACUCGUUCCGGAUCGUCUACAUCAUUGCGGCCCCAUUUGGUGCUGCCGGCAUUGUGGCUGCUCUUUGCCUGGGUAGCGUCAAGGAGACUAUGAACUACGGAGUCGACGCUCCUGUAGAGAAAUUGCACGCAAAACAUCACCAUCCUGAGGCUGCUUCUCAAGCUGCGUGA